AUGCCUGCACUUUCUGUCACAGAUGCGGCUGAGACAAUAGCGAAUACUGUUCUUUUUUCGCGUCAAGCGAAUGACACUGGUGAUGCGUUGCAGGUUAUUUGCGCAUGGCCGGUUUCUGGUCAAUAUGGAACAGGUACCCGAGUUCUAUACUAUGUUCUCAUCGCUGCAUGCCUCGUCGCGAGGAGAGAGGAAUGGCUCGUGAAUCCUUGUUUGGCCGCUGCGUUGGUGCUGCCAGCUGUUGCCGCUAUUCACGGCAUAGUUUUAACAGCAAUGCACAAUCCUGAUGCGGUCGACAUGGAUAUUUUUGGUGCUUUUCAGCUUUGUGCUAUUGGUAUUUUGGCAGCGCCGGUGACAGUUAUGCUGUCAAAGACGUACUUUAAUGACCCCGGUAGGAAUACCAUUUUUCUGUGGACAUUUCUGUUAUUGAUCGGACUUUUGAGUAUGACAAUCGAGUUUUAUCGAAUCGAGACUCAUUCCUGUACAAUCGAUGCUUCGGGCAAUCCAGUAUCACCAAACGCGUCCAAGUUUCACUACGUCGAAGGAAACAACUGUAACCUGACCUGUUCAACUCAAGACGGACCAUCAUCCCCAAUGCGAGGCGGAUCCGCAAACAAUAUCUAUGUCAUACCCGCACCCCAUACCCUUACAUUCGGUACCGCUACUUUACUCGCUGCAGCAUGUUGCGUUCACGCUGUUCUAUGCCUUAUUUCUAUGUGGGAUAGAGUACUCGAGAUUAACUGGCGCCGAAGGUUUGGAAAACAGAGCGAUGAUGCGGCAAGUGAGGAUGAUGAAAGCGCUAACCAAGGUGUUAUGAAGAAAGUCAAUGAUACCAUUGGCUUUUUCCUUCGUAUCCUAGCAAUUCCCGUUUUUGGUGGCGCUGGCUUGGCUAUACUUAUCGUGGGCGAGAUUAACUUUUUCAGCUCUCAGGUUAACUACCAGACUGAGCCGAUGGCCAAUAUCGGCCAAUGGGCACCAAUUACAGGUACCGCCAUGGCCAUGAUCGGAUCGCUUUAUCUCCUUCUAGCAAGACACGCCGAUCAAGCAGGCGAUCCAUACCCAUCGCAUCAUUGCAACUGUUCUCAUUGUCACGUCAACGAGCAAACGAGCCAAAUUUCUCACCAAGAGAGCAUUUCUUCACUGAAUAGUCAUAAUAUUACAUUAACUGUCACAAACAUCGAUACGCGUACAAAUAACCAAUUAUCUCCGCACCACGACCCAACCCAACCACGCUCUUCAACAUCUUCACGGCUUCGAGACCCGUCAGUAUUCCAAGACCACAACCAACCACCUCGAAACCCCUACAGACAGAAAAUAGAGAAUGCAUUUUUCAGAUUCGGCGAGAUGAUUGGUACACCAGCACAUGAUUUCAUCACCGAGCCCAAAGUCAAAAGACCAGAUCGUGUUGAUCUACCGAUGAUACCAGGGGAACAGUUUCGAAAUGAGCGUGUAUCAGCGGUUGAGAUUGAGAGAGACCAGCAUCAGGAUGAUGAGAUGAGUCCUAUUAGAUCAAGGCCUGGAAGCUUUAUAGGCAGCGACACGUCUGUGCAAGGUGUUGGAAGAUCUACGUCAAUGCCUGUAUCACCACCACCACUUGCUGUGACGAGACCGAGGUCGAGUACAGGGCCUAGACCGAGACCUGCUUCUCUGUAUCACUAG